GCCUGCAAUAGCUUGCGCUAUGAAUCUUUUAAACUUUGCUCGUAUCUGCUUAUCUCUUUACAUGCUCCGCCGAGGUUCCAACGGUACCGCUCGUUUACCAUCGUUGAUAAUGCUCGACGUCGGAACAUUGGCCACUCAACUCACCACUGCUAUUAUCGUCUUUCUCAUCGACGUUAUAGUCGUCGCUAUUGUUCGCAAUGGCAAGAACCGGUGUCACGCUGAAUUGAGGUAACAGGAGUAACGCCGAGCGACUACCGCGCUUUGGUUAACCAUGGUUGGCGCAUUUGGAGCAUGUUAUCAAACUUCAAGAUACUUAACGCCUGGCAAUUUUGUUCGAAUAUUUCGGACAUCAUAU